GGAGCCGGUGAGGUCUCUAGGGCCGAACGCGAUUCCGAGCCAGUGCGGAGGGAGCGCACGGAGGAGAGCCCGGGACCCACGGCAGCCAAGAAGAGAGCGGGACAGCGUGCGCGCGCCGAGGGCAAGGCCAAGGCCAUGUCCGGCAACAGCCUCUCGUACAAUGAUCAGCUCGCCGGCGGCGAGGCGCCUGAGCUGGGCCAGGAAGCCACCCCAGCCACGUCCCCCGCGGGCGCCUUCGGCCUCUUCAGCAGCGACUUGAAAAAAAAUGAAGAUCUAAAGCAAAUGCUGGAAAGCAACAAAGAUUCUGCCAAACUGGAUGCUAUGAAACGAAUAGUUGGGAUGAUUGCAAAGGGGAAAAAUGCCUCUGAACUCUUUCCUGCUGUUGUGAAGAAUGUGGCCAGUAAGAAUAUUGAGAUCAAAAAGCUGGUCUACGUUUACCUAGUUCGAUAUGCAGAGGAACAACAGGACCUGGCUCUCUUGUCCAUCAGUACUUUUCAACGUGCUUUAAAAGAUCCUAAUCAACUAAUUCGUGCAAGUGCAUUGAGAGUCCUUUCCAGUAUCCGGGUUCCAAUUAUUGUUCCCAUCAUGAUGCUUGCUAUUAAAGAAGCUUCUGCUGACUUAUCACCAUAUGUUAGAAAGAAUGCUGCCCAUGCUAUACAAAAAUUAUAUAGCCUUGAUCCUGAGCAAAAAGAAAUGUUAAUUGAAGUAAUUGAAAAACUUCUAAAAGACAAAAGCACACUGGUAGCUGGGAGUGUUGUGAUGGCUUUUGAAGAAGUAUGCCCGGAUAGAAUAGAUCUGAUUCACAGAAACUACCGCAAGCUGUGUAAUUUGCUAGUUGAUGUUGAAGAGUGGGGACAAGUUGUCAUAAUCCACAUGCUAACUCGAUAUGCACGUACACAGUUUGUGAGUCCUUGGAAAGAGGAUGACUACCUAGAAGAGAGCAGUGAAAAGAAUUUCUAUGAAUCAGAUGAUGAACAAAAAGAAAAGAUUGACAAAAUUAAGAAAUCAUAUACUAUGGAUCCAGACCAUCGACUUCUUAUUAGAAAUACAAAACCUUUGCUACAAAGUAGGAAUGGUGCGGUGGUGAUGGCAGUUGCUCAGCUGUAUUGGCACUUAUCACCAAAAUCUGAAGCUGGUAUUAUUUCAAAAUCAUUAGUACGUUUACUUCGUAGUAAUAGGGAGGUGCAGUACAUUGUUCUACAAAAUAUAGCAACAAUGUCAAUUCAGAGAAAGGGCAUGUUUGAACCUUAUCUGAAGAGUUUUUAUGUUAGGUCAACUGAUCCAACAAUGAUCAAGACACUAAAGCUUGAAAUAUUGACAAAUUUGGCAAAUGAAGCAAACAUAUCUACGCUCCUUCGAGAAUUUCAGACCUAUGUGAAAAGUCAAGAUAAGCAGUUUGCUGCAGCUACUAUCCAGGCUAUAGGCAGAUGUGCAACCAACAUCUCAGAAGUAACUGAUACAUGCCUUAAUGGUCUGGUUUGUUUGCUGUCCAACAGGGAUGAAAUAGUAGUUGCAGAAAGUGUGGUCGUCAUUAAGAAAUUACUACAAAUGCAGCCAGCACAGCAUGGUGAGAUUAUCAAGCAUAUGGCCAAGCUCUUGGACAGUAUUACUGUUCCUGUGGCUAGAGCAAGUAUUCUUUGGCUAAUAGGAGAGAAUUGUGAACGUGUUCCUAAAAUUGCUCCUGAUGUUUUGAGAAAGAUGGCUAAAAGCUUCACUGGUGAAGAUGAUCUUGUAAAACUACAGAUUUUAAAUCUAGGAGCCAAACUGUAUUUAACCAACUCAAAGCAGACAAAAUUGCUUACCCAGUACAUAUUAAACCUCGGCAAGUAUGAUCAAAACUACGACAUCAGAGACCGUACAAGAUUUAUUAGGCAGCUUAUUGUUCCGAAUGAGAAGAGUGGAGCCUUAAGCAAAUAUGCAAAAAAAAUAUUUUUGGCACAAAAGCCUGCCCCCUUGCUUGAAUCUCCUUUCAAAGACAGGGAUCAUUUCCAGCUUGGGACCUUAUCCCAUACUCUGAACAUUAAAGCCUCUGGGUACCUGGAGUUAUCUAAUUGGCCAGAGGUGGCGCCAGACCCAUCAGUUCGAAAUGUAGAGGUGAUUGAGUCGGCAAAGGAAUGGACAUCAGUAUCUGGAAAAGCAAAGAAAAUUAAACCUGAUGAAGAGUUUUAUUCAGAAUCUGAAGAGGAUGCUUCUGAUGAUAGCAGCGACAGUGAUAGUGAGACUGGAAGUGAAAGUGAUGAUGAAGAAAAUGAAGAAGCCAGUAGUGAUGAGAGUAGUGAAUACUCUUCUGAUGAGAGUGACAGUGAAUCAGAAUUAGACAACAAAAAUCAAUUAGCCAAGUGCAAAUCUAAAACAACAGAAGAAAGUGAUUCUGAGGCUGAUGAGAAGACAAACUCCAAACUGAAAUCAUCUGAUGCUUCUGAUUCUGAAUCUAGUUCAAUAGAGGAAAGUUCUUCAGACUCUGAAUCAGACACAGAAAGUGACUAUGAAUCCAAAAGAAUGAGUCAGAAAGAAGAGAAGAAAACUUGCCCAGAAAGAAUACCUAAUAAAAAAGAUGUUUCUCUUCUAGACCUAGAUGAUUUUAACCAAGUAUCCACACAAGUAGCAGUUCUCACGCCAGCUAUUUCUCCAGGCUUAAUAGCUGACCUGGAGGGUUUAAACUUGUCAGCUUCUUCCUCUGUCAUCAAUGUCAGUACUCCAAUAUUUGUGCCAAUGAAGACUCAUGAGCUGCUUCAUCGAAUGAGUGGCAAAGGAUUAGCUGCCAGUUAUCACUUUCCAAGACAGCCUUGCAUUUUUGGUGAUAAAAUGGUCUCGGUACAAGUGACAUUAAAUAAUACCACUGAUCAGAAGAUUGAGAAUAUCCACCUCUCUGAUCAAAAGCUGCCUUCAGGCAUGCGGAUGCAUAUGUUUAGCCCAAUAGAAUCUCUUGAGCCUGGGGGAUCCAUUACUGUUGCAAUGGGUAUUGACUUUUGUGAUUCCACUCAGACUGCCUUUUUCCAGUUGUGUACAAAGGAUGAUUGCUUCAAUGUUAAUAUCCAGCCACCUGUUGGAGAGCUUCUUUUACCUGUGGCCAUGUCAGAAAAAGAUUUUAGGAGAGAGCAAGGAUUGCUGACAGGAAUGAAUGAAACAUCGGCUACAAUCAUUGCUUCGCCACAGAAUCCUACACCCCCUAUGAUACUUGAGAGGAUUGUAAAUGUUGCCAACCUAGGUAUAGUCCCUUCUGGACAGGAUAACAUACAUAGAUUUGCAGCUAAAACUGUGCACAGUGGGUCACUGAUGCUAGUCACAGUGGAGCUGAAGGAAGGCUCUACAGCACAGCUCAUCAUAAACACUGAGAAAACUGUGAUUGGUUCUAUACUGCUGCGGGAGCUGAAGCCCGUCCUGUCCCAGGGGUAACCUGCUUACAUCUGGACCUCAGAAUCUGGCACACAACAAAAGUGCCUGGCAUCCACUACUGCUGCCUUUCAUUUAUAAUAAUAGCCCUUCCAUCUGGCAUUGGGGGAAGAAUACACUCUUGACAUUCUUGUCUCCUGCUUUAGAAUGCUAGUGUGGAUCUAUCAUGUGUGCAGUACUUGCCCCCCCCCUUUUUUUAUUCGGUUUGCUAACCAAAGAACAUAUAUUUUACUGUCAGUUAUCUAAACUCUUGAAUCUCCAUGUGCCAUAUAUUCUCCCCUGACACUUCUCCCCUUUUUCCUUGACUUUUUCUAGUUCUGCUGGAUAAAUGUUGAGUUAAUUAACGUUCAUUUGAAAUCAGCUUGCCUUUUACCAAUGAGCAAAAAAUUUAAGAGUGAGAAUCUAGCUGAUCUCCCAGCUAGGCAUAAGAUAGCAAAGAUGUCUGGAAUUAAGUGAGAGAACAAUGUGGAAUAUUGCAAAAUACCAUUGUUCAGCGACUCUCCAUGUGUUGUAAUCAUUUUCUGACAACUGCUGUCAUCAGAUUUUCUGAAUGAUAAAGAAUAAAUAAAAUAG